AUGAGUGUCUCACAGUCUAUCCCCUUUUCGGGUUGUACGAAGACGCACAAGGGCUACGUCGGGGCAAGGAGAGCCCCCUCAGGGGCAGGGAGCGCGUCCCCUGCGACCGCUGGCGCCGGCCCUGCCGACCCGCGUUUCCCGAGCCCCCGGCAGCUGGGGCGGGCUGCUCGAUGUCGGCGAGGAAGGUGCUUCGUUUGCGAGUUGCCGGCGCGGGGGCUGCGCUGGGGCGCGGAGGAGUGGCUCCUUGUUGGUACCAAACAAGGGCAUCUUCUGCUUUACAGGAUCAAGAAAGACAUAGUGCCAGGAGAGGUUAUGUCAUCAGAAAGUGUCUGUUGCAAUAGGUUUGAAGUGACACUAGAGAAAUCCAACAAGAACUUCUCAAAAAAGAUUCAGCAGAUUCAUGUUGUUUCUCAGUUUAAAAUUCUGGUCAGUCUAUUAGAAAAUAACAUUUAUGUCCAUGACCUGUUGACAUUUCAACAAAUCACCACGGUUUCCAAGGCAAAAGGUGCAUCUCUCUUCACUUGUGAUCUUCAGCAGUCAGAUACAGGAGAAGAGGUGCUGAGAAUGUGCGUGGCAGUGCGGAAGAAGCUACAACUUUAUUUUUGGAAGGACAGAGAGUUCCAUGAACUACAGGGGGACUUCAGUGUACCCGAUGUACCCAAGUCCAUGGCCUGGUGUGAAAACUCCAUCUGUGUAGGCUUCAAGAGGGACUAUUACCUGAUACGCGUGGAUGGAAAAGGAUCCAUCAAAGAACUGUUUCCCACAGGGAAGCAGCUGGAACCAUUGGUAGCUCCUGUAGCAGAUGGAAAAGUUGCGGUUGGCCAAGAUGAUCUAACGGUUGUGCUCAAUGAAGAAGGGAUCUGUACUCAGAAAUGUGCCUUGAAUUGGACAGAUAUUCCUAUAGCCAUGGAACACCAGCCUCCCUAUAUCAUUGCUGUUCUGCCAAGGUAUGUGGAGAUCCGCACUUUUGAACCCCGGCUGCUGGUACAGAGUAUCGAGCUGCAGAGACCACGCUUCAUCACGUCUGGAGGCACAAAUAUUAUAUAUGUGGCAAGUAAUCACUUUGUUUGGCGGCUCAUUCCGGUGUCCAUAGCCACACAGAUCCAGCAGCUUCUGCAGGACAAGCAGUUUGAGUUGGCUUUGCAGUUGGCAGAAAUGAAAGAUGAUUCAGAUAGUGAGAAGCGACAACAAAUUCACCACAUAAAGAACCUCUUUGCCUUCAACCUCUUCUGCCAGAAGCGCUUUGAUGAAUCCAUGCAAGUUUUUGCCAAGCUUGGUACAGAUCCCACUCACGUGAUGGGUCUGUAUCCUGACCUCCUGCCCACAGAUUACAGGAAACAGCUACAGUAUCCCAACCCCCUGCCAGGGCUCUCUGGGGCAGAGCUGGAGAAGGCACAUUUAGCUCUGAUAGACUACCUAACUCAAAAAAGAAGUCAGCUGGUGAAGAAGCUAAAUGAUUCUGACCAUCAGUCCAGUACCUCACCACUCAUGGAAGGAACACCCACAAUCAAAUCCAAAAAGAAGCUGCUACAAAUCAUUGAUACCACCCUGUUAAAGUGUUACCUCCAUACAAAUGUAGCACUGGUGGCACCAUUGCUACGUCUGGAGAACAAUCACUGCCAUAUUGAGGAGAGCGAGCAUGUACUAAAGAAGGCACACAAAUAUAGUGAGCUGAUAAUACUGUAUGAGAAGAAAGGUCUGCAUGAGAAAGCAUUACAGGUACUGGUGGAUCAGUCAAAGAAAGCCAACUCACCUUUGAAGGGUCACGAGAGGACAGUGCAAUAUCUGCAGCAUUUGGGCACAGAGAACUUGCACUUGGUGUUUUCCUACUCUGUCUGGGUGCUAAGAGAUUUUCCUGAAGAUGGACUCAAGAUAUUUACAGAAGACCUCCCUGAAGUGGAAGCUUUGCCACGAGACAAAGUGCUCAGUUUCUUGAUAGAAAAUUUUAAAAGCUUGACUAUUCCUUAUCUGGAACACAUCAUUCAUGUCUGGGAAGAAACUGGUGCAGACUUUCACAACUGUCUGAUCCAGCUAUACUGUGAGAAAGUGCAGGGCUUAAUGAAAGAAUAUCUCAAUUCUUUCCCUGCAGAUAAAACUCCAGUGCCUGCUGGGGAGGAAGGAGGAGACUUGGGGGAUUACCGGAAAAAGCUUCUACUUUUUUUGGAGAAGUCUAGCUGGUAUGAACCUAGUCGACUAAUUAGUGACUUCCCCUUUGAUGGUCUCCUAGAAGAACGUGCUCUGCUCUUGGGUCGUAUGGGGAAGCAUGAGCAAGCUCUGUUUAUUUAUGUUCAUAUUUUGAAGGACACCAAUAUGGCUGAAAACUACUGCCAUAAACAUUAUGACAGAAACAAAGAUGGCAACAAAGAUGUCUAUCUGUCACUGCUCCGGAUGUAUCUGUCCCCACCUAGUGUUCAUUGCCUGGGACCAAUCAAGAUGGAAGUGCUGGAGCCUCAAGCCAACCUGCAGGCUGCUCUGCAGGUUUUGGAACUACAUCACAGCAAACUGGAUACUACCAAGGCAAUAAACCUACUCCCAGCAAAUACACAGAUUAGUGAGAUUCGGAUCUUCUUAGAGAAAGUCCUUGAAGAAAAUGCCCAGAAGAAAAGAUUUAAUCAAGUACUCAAGAAUCUUCUCCAUGCUGAGUUUCUGAGGGUCCAGGAGGAGCGGAUCUUGCAUCAGCAAGUGAAAUGCAUUAUUACAGAGGAGAAGGUGUGCACUGUAUGUAAAAAGAAGAUAGGUAACAGUGCAUUUGCUCGAUACCCUAAUGCAAUAGUUGUGCAUUAUUUCUGCUCCAAAGAAGUCAACACAUUGGACACCUGACCUUGUCAUGGUCAAUAAUCCCAACAUUCAUAUGAAAUUCAGAACUGACGACUUAAGAAGUUGAUGGCUCUGAGAUUUUUGAGGCGUGUUGCUAGGUUCUCUUAUACUGGGUAGAAGUCAAUUGUAACUGUGGACUGACUGUACCUCUCUGGCAAUAUUGAUUUACUAGAAAAUGACUUUAACCAUAUUAUUAUAGUGCUGGCAACUACACUGAACCUCUCAGUACUCAGAUGAAGAAUAGACACUGAUUUUUGUAGUGAGUUUUGUAUUGCACUCCAAC